CUGUGACGUCAGGCGGCGUCUCCGUGGCAACGGCUUCUCCCGUACCAAGAUGGCCACGGAAGCGAGAGGAGACGCGAAGGCGGCGCAGCGGUGGGAAAUCCUGCGUCAGGCGUUGCGCUCUGGCUGCGUGGAGCCGAGGGCUGCCUCCUCCGCCUCCGUGCGUCGCUUUGCUUCGUUUGGGCUCUUCAGGGUGGAGCGGCACGGGGAGGACGAGGAGGCCCCGGGUGGAGCCGAGUGGCUCCGAUUCUCCUGCUCACAGAUGCUGCCGCGCCAUGCGCUCAUCCGACAGUCGGUGGGCGCCGUCAAUCUCAAAGACGUCCUCAACAGCUUCGACAACACGGGCAACGUGUGUGUGUGGCCUGCAGAAGAGGUCAUGGCAUUCUACUGCAUUAAACACAGGCACAUGUUCAGAGGGCUCUCGGUCUGCGAGCUGGGAGGAGGGAUGACGUGCCUGGCCGGGCUCAUGGUUGCCAUCACAUCGGAGGCUAAGGAGGUUUUAUUAACGGAUGGAAAUGACAAGGCCGUCAAAAAUGUAAGCACGAUUUUGGAAAGAAAUACAUCCUCUGGCUUAAUUACUGCCGCAGAUGUCACAAGCCGAGUACUACGGUGGGAUAACGAGGAGGACAUUUUUCCACUUGAAGGAAAAUUUGACAUCUUGCUUUGUGCAGACUGCCUCUUUGUGGAUGAUUAUCGGGCCUCCCUCGUGGACACGCUGCACAGGCUGCUGCGCCCAGGGGGGACUGUGCUGGUGUUUGCUCCGCAAAGAGGAAACACGCUGGACAAGUUCUGCGUCCUCGCCGAGCGAUCGGGGUUUAAAAUUGAGAAAACGGAAGCGUACGACCAGCAAGUUUGGGCGAUCCAUUCUGCGGUGAAGACGGAGGGAAAGAACGCAUAUGAUGAGAACCUGCACUUCCCGAUUAUGCUAACGCUGACGCGCUGCCUGUAGGCUGUCGCUGGAUUACUGCUUUGGCUUAACAAAGCGUUGCCUUAAUUGACGACCCAGAAGCCUUUGUUUUUGUAUUCUGCGAGGGUACUACUGGUGGCAGGUAUUCUGGGUUAGCCCUCCAAUGCAGGAUCAUAGGCAGCUAUGUGGAUGAUCUUUGCACAGGAGCCGUCGGUCGAAUACCAUCGCUGUACUUAAGGUCACAGAUUGUAAUUACGCUAAAAUGUGAUGCACAGCUUUGAUAGACUUGUUUAUUAACAAGCCAAUUGAGCUUUUCUUGCAGUCAUGUAAUUACAAUUAUUGAAGUUUUCUUUAUACCUUUAUCGGAUUCGAACUGCCAUUGUUUUGUCUACGUAAAUCGAAUUAUCGUACGAUACUUGAGAGACCUAGACUGUGUCGUGUUCCCCGAUCCAUCAUAAGCUUUCAACUUGUUUAAAUCAUUGUACGGUAUGCACUCUGUACAUUAAACUUAUUCUUACUUAA